AUGGUGAAAAAUUAUUUUCCAAUUUUAUUUUUUUUAUCAGAGUUACUAAUUUUGAUCUAUUUUACGUGUUUUGUUUCCCGAAAAUGUUUAUCAGAUUUUCUAGAACAAUUAAAAAUUCCCUAUAUAAAAAUGGCCACUAUUAAGUUAUUUAUAAAUAUUAUACAUCAAGAAAUGGGUUGUUAUCCAAGCAGUUCAAAACUUACAAGAUUUCCAGGUUUUAUUAUAAAGAAAAAGCAUCACAGAACACAUGAUGAAAUACAGACAGUAGCAUCUGAGAGCUUUAUUAAUUAUAUGUCAAGCUUAAGCACAAUUUUAAACCAGCACAACAAAAAUGUGCCUUUUUAA